UGACGUCACUCCCACGCGGCCUCUUUCCGCACGAGCUCGGUGCUGCACGGGUAGUAGGGAAGUCGACCAAAUUGAAUAGCAUUAGUUCUCUCUCGGAUUGUGUGCAUAUUUAUUUUUCUGGAGUCAGACAUCAUGCCCAUGUACCAGGUAAAGCCCACGAGCCAGGGUGACAUAAAGAUUGAUUUGCCAACGUGCAUGUACAAGUUACCGAAUAUCCACGCGCAGCCCGGAAGCAGCUGCGCCGAAUAUGCGCUACAGAAUGGGGAGGUGGAUCCUGCCCUUAAAGCUCUGGAGGCUCGCCAGGACGAGAUCAUGCGCAAGCUCUAUGAGCUGAAAGCAGCAGUGGAUGGCCUGGCGAAGACAGUCACUACUCCAGAUGCUGACAUGGAUGUUACAACUCUGACACAGACCACUACAGUGUCUGCCUUCACGGGCACGGCUGAUCUGGACGCUCUUCUCGGAAAGGACCCAGGUGCUCUGAGGGACAUAGUAAUCAAUGCCAACCCGGCCAGUCCACCGCUCUCCCUGCUGGUGCUGCACGGGCUUCUGUGCCAGAGGUACCGUGUGCUCUCCUCUGUGCAUGUGCACUCAUCCGUCUCCAGUGUGCCUCCUCAGCUGCUCUCAUGCUUAGGGCCACGCCAUACUGAGAGCUAUACCCGCCAAUGCUUCCAGCUGGGUUUUACACUCAUAUGGAAAGACGUGCCAAAAGUGCAGAUGAAGUUCAGCACGCAGAGUAUGUGCCCCAUUGAGGGCGAGGCCAACGUGGCACGCUUCCUCUUUCGGCUGCUGGGCGCCGAGCCGAAGGACCCGAUUGUUGCCACACAGUUGGACAGCUGGGUGGAUACGGCCUUCUUCCAGCUGGCAGAGGGGGGCAGUAAGGAGCGUGCGACUGUGCUGCGUUCACUCAACAGCGCUCUGGGCCGCUCGAUAUGGCUGCUGGGCCAAGAGCCCUCGCUGGCCGACAUCGUGUGCGCGUGCUGCAUCCUUCGAGACGGCCAGGCCUUGUCCACUCCUGCCAACGUGCAGCGCUGGCUCCAGGCAUGCAGAAACCUCGAGCACUUCCACUGCAUCGCCCCUUUGCUGCAGUGAGUGAGUCUCCCAGAAUGGGUUAAGAUAAAGAUAAAGACGAGACAUAUAUACAAAGUGUAAGUAAAAUGAAAUAGAAGAAAUGUCAUAUUAUUUUACACAGAAUUUCAGAUAAGCUAAAGGGGCCUCGGUGAUAGUGAUAGAGCUCAGAUCUGCCCAGUUAUUACCUUUACCUAUAACUCACCUCAGGGCAGGUGGGCCUCAGAUGAAAGCCUGUCCAUACACAGUUCUCUAUGAAUAUUUAGGUAUUCUGAUCAUUAUAAUGUUAAACUAUCUAUAACUGAAUCCAGACCACUGUCAUAUUCACAGUGCUCAUAGAGCAAAGAACUGGCGUUUAAAAUAGUGGAUUCUGGGUAUGAAUGCUGUCUCCCUCCACAUUGUGCCUAACAUGAUACUGUAGUGUGUGUACUGUGUUAAUGCUGAAUAUUACUUGUGUUGAUGAGCAGUUCAGAUGUGAAGCAGAGGACCUACUGGAAGUGUAUGAGACAUAUGACAGAUACUUUGUAACGUCUUUUUCUUAAAGCCUAUUAAAAAUUUUCACAUUGGGUCAAA